CUUCUGUUUGGGGUUUCUCCUUUAGAUAUAUCAAUGUCACUACCAAUUCCUAAAUUACUUGGAAGUACCAUUGUAUUGUCACUCCUUCCAUGUGCUUAUGCAUUUACAUCAGCUAUUAAAGAAAGCACCUUAUUAUUAUCGCAUGUUAUGAAAGGAACACUUGUCAUUUGGAGCAUCAUUGAAAUAUUAUUUUACAUUUAUUAUUUGCAUGCACGUAAACGACUUCAACAAACGAACAAACCACACAAACCAUUAAACGAAACGGAACGAGCAAGUUUAUUUUGGAACUGUGUACAAACCAUUGACGAUGUAGCCACCUGGAGUGAAGGUUGGUUUUACUAUAAAAAAGACCACUCACAUCCUCAAUUUAAAGAGAUACAACGAGAAAACCUGGCAUUGUGGUUUGCAUGGGCUUUUUGGCAUGAGAAUUUAGAAGUGGUUCGAAAAGACGAAGCCUGGUCAAAUGAACUAGAAUGGAUGUUGGAUUCAGCUGAGGAUUGGUUUAAAGUGAAAUUCCCAAAAGGUCAAAAUAAAGAGUUACAAUGCAUUCGACUUAAUUUAGAUCCUGUCCAUGCCUGUCAUCGUCCUCUCAUUGUCUAUGUGGGACUGUAUGUUUUAACCAUGCUGUUCAACAUGAUCUUUUUACAAUGGAUGUUGGCAUUUACAGCAUACGAUACCACCUUGUCUGGUGUUGUCUGGGGUGGUAUUUUAGGUCAUUUACAUUACGCCAUUCAAUACACCAAGGCCCUUUUGUUUAAAUCGGAAGAAGCACCAGAUAAAAAAGACUUGCUGCCAAGAGCGAUUUCUUAUUUUUACCGGGGAUCAUCCAGUAACAAUAAAACACCUCUCGUGUUCUUGCAUGGUAUUGGUGCAGGAGUUGUUUGUUACGCAGAAUUGAUACAUCAAUUGGUAUCACUGGAUAGACCGAUUUUCUUGGUCGAGUUACCCUAUGUGGCAAUGCGAAUGGUAGACUAUGUUCCUUCUGCUGCUGAAACUGUGGGUGAAAUACAAGCCAUGUUGAAAUCAUUUGGUUAUGACAAGGCAGUCUAUAUCUCUCAUUCAAUGGGUACAGGUGCUUCAAGCUGGGUUAUGAAUAUGGCUCCCGAAACCAUUGCUGGACUAGUCAUGAUUGAUCCCAUCUGUUUCCUAUUGCAUUAUCACAAUGUGGCGUUUAAUUUUGUUCAUCGUAUUCCAAAGACAUUUAUCGAGUAUAUUAUGCAUUAUGGAGCUGCAAGGGAACUUUACAUUAGUAAUUAUAUAAGUCGACAUUUUCAAUGGUUUGAAACGAUUUAUUUCUCUCAACCUAGUAAUUGCGCACAAUUACCGGUGUUACCUUCACCGCUUGAUACAAAAGGACCUUUAGCCAAUGCCACGGUGUUUUUAUCGGAAAAGGACGGUAUUGUCGGAAGUUCAGUUGUGCACAAUUAUUUAUUAGAACGAGGUGUGGAUGCACGUAUCAUGGAAGGAUUAGAACAUGCCAUGUUUUUAUCGAGUCGUUAUUGGAAAAAGACGAUUUCGAAUCAAAUAGAUACCAUUGCCCGUAAGGCAGAUAUAAAGUAAAAUAAAAGUUUAUUUUGUAAUAUUUGAUAAUGUGGCACCUACUUCCAUGGAUGUUAAUGCAGCAUCGAGACUUGUCAUACUUGUAGGCCUACUCAGGCCUUUACGCUCAUGCUGAUGACUAUAGUCUAAUAAUUCGGCUUGUGAUAAUCUCACUGAAAGACGCGAAGAAGAAGGUGAUCUUGUGGAAAUAUGCGAUCGGAUCGAGGCUGCACGGGAAGGUGCACGAGGAUAAGCAGAGAUACGAUGCUCUGCCAAGAAUUGCUCUAAAAAGUCCACAAUUAAAGGUUCCUUCAUGGCGGAUAAUUUGUACUCUUCAAACGACUAAAAAAAAAAGGGUA